UUAAAAUUUCGUUUGUCAUGCAAUCUUAUAAUUGUUGCUACCUAAAAUUGUAAACAUGGCGGCUUGCAUGCCAAAAUUUGCCUAAAUCUGAAUACGAAGAACGCCUUCAAUAAGUCUAUAAGGUUGACAAAAGGAGUGAAUUGUUUUUGUAACUGCAGAUUGGUUUGCAGGGUAAAAAUCCUCAUUAAGCAUGGCAUCAUCGCAACAGUUGAAAAGUGAUCAUACCUAUGACGUGUCACCAAUGUACGUUGAUCCCUCCCUACCUGCCGGCUGGAGCAGGGAGGUGAGACAGAGAAAGGAGGGUAGAUCUGCCGGAAAGUAUGAUGUCUACGUCUUCAGCCCAGAGGGGAAAAAGUUCCGUUCACGAACAGAACUUGAGAGAUACGUUGAGGACGCUGGCAUAAAUGUUGAUCCUCAGUCUAUAGACUUUACUGUGCGAGGUAAAAAGUACUCAGUCGACAGUAAACCAAAAUCAGAGAAAAAGAAAAUAAAACCAGCACUUAGCUUAACUAUUAAAGACAAUAAAAGUGAGAAAAAGUUGUUCCCUAGUCCGAAAAAGGAAUUGAAACAGUUAAAAAGUAGUCCAAAAAAGACCAAUAAGACUCUGUCCCAGAAAUUAGUGGUUAAAAUGAAGUUUGCCCCUCCAUUCAAAAUGACUAAGACUAAUGGUAAAAGGAAGAAAUCAGUGUCACUUGAUGAGGAGGAGGAACAGGAAUCAAAUGCAACGGCUGUGACGGAAAAUGAACAUUCUGACAUAGAAGAUGAUUUAGUGAAAAUAAAACAACCACCGCCACAGCCCCUAUUGGAAACCAAGAAACAAAAAGUGAAAAAAUCAAAGACUCAAGAUUCAAGUGGUUUGAAUGACACUGAUCCAGACUUAACAAGUCCGCCUUCAAAAAAGAGAAAAAUAAGCACUGACACAAAAAAUGAGGAUAAAAUAGACAAAAAAUCAGAGCGACGAAAGAGUUCUGAUUCCAAAACAGACAGGCGGAAAAGUGCUGAAAGUAAGGUUGAAAGAAAGAAAAGCACAGACUCUAAAUCUGAAAGACGGAAAAGUUCAGAUAAACGAGAUUCUGGAAAGGCUAAGAAGACCGAAGCGAUGAAUGAGCUUCAAGUGUUAGAAAACAUUAGAGCAUCAUCAAGGAGUGCACGCUAUCAGAAAAAGCAGGAGGAGUUAAAGGAGAAAAAGGCGGGGCAGGAAACAUCAGAGGAGGAGCGAAUGGAUGAAUAUGUAAGAGAUGUUAUGGGAAAAUAUGAACCUUAUGAAGAGGAUGAUAAUGAAGAUUUAACAGAAACUACAGACUUUACAGAGGAUGAUGAGGGUGUAGUCAGCCCUCAGAUUUUUACUGGUCAGGUGAAAUAUGCGUAUAUCCAUUCUCCACCAAUGAAAUACAGCGCCGGUUCCCUGAUAUUGUCACGGGCAGAUGAUGGCUGGCUACUGGAAGUUGUUUUAGAUAAUGCAAAAUUAGAUGAACCAGUAGUUACUACUAUGCUAACAAGUAGGUCUAUAGAGAAAGUUGAGAUAUCGGACAGGUUUUCCCUAGACAUUUUCUCGUCAGAUUCCGGCUAUAUCUCAGUGCAACUAAAACCGGAUGCUGAAACAGCUAUUAAAAUGAUAGAGUUACGAGCAAUCAUGGACGAUGCAGUCACUAUUGGUAAAGAAGAAGGCGAGGAGAGCUUUGACGACCGUAUUGUUGUCUCAGCAGGUUCGCAAGGAUCUGAGGGCGAUCUACUUCUAGACAAUAACAAUAUUCAAAAAGUUGUUGUCAUGGAAAAUCACGGGGCAUUUCUUGAUCCGUCAUCUCUGAGUGCGGUAGUUAACACAAAUGAUGAAAACGGUAUCACAUUUCCUGAAGACAUUAUUGAGGAGAGCGAACAAGACAAUUAUGCUGAUACUAGUGCUACAAGUUUGGAAUUUAUAAGUGCAAAUGAUAUGUUGACGUACGGAAAUUCUAAUUUUACGUUUACGGCAGACGAGGAGAGGGUAUUUAAUGUUACGGAUAGUGUAACAGUGCAAGAUGCUUAUCUUGCUAGUGUAAAAAUGGGGCAUUUCAACGGACUUGAUGAACACGCAUAUUUUAUGACUCAUACUCCCGAUAUAUCGCCACGGCGAUCAAGGAACUCAUCACAGUCAUCGUCGAGUAAAACACCAGAUUCAGGUCGCCACAGGACUAGUUAUAGUAAUUCACCGUCAUUAAAACGUACACUUUCAGCGGAGAUAGGCGAAUCGAAUUCUCCGAAAUAUGUGAGAUCGUUAUCAUUGGGAAACACAUGGUCUCCUUCACGUAACUCACAUAAUAAUAGCACAGAGGAUGAUUUGAUCGUACAUGGGUCAGAUUCAGAAGAAUUAGAUGUACAGACGCCUCCGGCAUCUCCACCCAACCCUGAGAUGGAGAGCCAAUACUUCUUGAACGGUAUCUUUAUUCCUCAACCACAGCUUCACCGUGACAUGCAGUGGACCCCGCCCAAGUCGCCCCAUAAUCUUGUUCAGGAAAGCCUUUUUCACGAUCCCUGGAAACUUCUUGUUGCUACGAUAUUUUUAAAUAGAACAACAGGCUCAGCAGCUAUUCCGUUGUUGUGGAAAUUUCUGAACAAGUGGCCGAAUCCAGAUGUUGCACGUAAAGGAGACCAGGUUGCCAUGGCAAAGAUUUUACAACCAUUAGGCCUUCAUGAGAAAAGAGCCUACACAAUAAAAAGAUUUUCUAAUGAGUAUUUAACCAAAUCAUGGAAGUAUCCAAUUGAGUUAUAUGGUAUAGGAAAAUACGGGAAUGACUCUUACAGAAUAUUCUGUCUCAAUGAAUGGAAACAGGUUGAACCAAAGGACCAUAAGUUGAAUCUCUACCACAGUUGGUUAACAGAAAAUGCAAAAGAUCUUGGCAUCAGCUGAAUCAGUUUUAAACUGAUCUAUUGUCAAUUGACAAGGUGUGAUUUUAACUAUAUAA